AAAAUCGAACCCGAAAUUCCCGUAAAAGAAUAAAAAGUUUUUUUCUUUUAUAAAGUCAAAGGAGCGGAGACUGACUUUGGAAAUUCUUCUCUCUUUUUUUUUUUUUCUUUUUAUUUCAUUAUUUUCUCUUCUUUUUCCUUCGAGUCGCAGAAAAAUCAGAGAAAGAACAGAAGGAGAGAAGGGAAAGAAGGGGAAAAGAGAGGCGGAAAAAGACCGAAUUGACCUUGGCUUUCUUUCUAAAUUACCCUUCCUUCUUCUUCUUCGCCAUCGUCAUCAUCUCUCGCCGUAAAUUCUUUUCAUUUCUCAAACAUGAACGAGAAGGCCAACGUUUCCAAGGAGCUCAAUGCCAAACAUCGAACGAUUAUUGAAGGUCUUCUUAAAUUGCCAGAGAAUAAGGAAUGUGCUGACUGCAAAGCCAAAGGUCCAAGAUGGGCAAGUGUGAAUUUAGGUAUCUUUAUAUGCAUGCAAUGUUCUGGGAUCCACAGAAGUCUCGGGGUACACAUAUCAAAGGUUCGAUCUGCUACCCUGGACACAUGGCUCCCUGAGCAGGUUGCUUUCGUUCAAUCAAUGGGAAAUGAGAAGGCAAACAGUUACUGGGAAGCUGAGUUGCCCCCUAAUUACGAUAGAGUUGGAAUUGAGAACUUCAUCCGUGCGAAGUAUGAGGAAAAGAGAUGGGUUCCUAGAGAUGGAAAAUCCAAAUCACCACCUAGAGGGUUGGAUGAACGGGCUCCUUCACAUUGGCAGAGACCUACAGAAAAAAGUGGUGAUGGGCACAUUAGUAAUUCUGAGAAUUCAUUUGCGGAAAGGAGGAACACUCAAGCAUCUAGCAGAAAAGAAAAUCCUCCUUCAACAAGAGUUAGUCUUCCACUUCCUCCUAAGGGACCUGAUCAGGUUACACCCAUCCAGAAGCCUGAACCGGUUGUUCAGAAAACAGAACCAGUUGUUGUGCCAGCUGAGGCAAAAAAACCCGCCGUAGAGACUUCUCCCACUGUCACACCCCCUAAAUUCGAUUAUGCUACAGACCUUUUCAAUAUGCUGUCCAUGGAUGAUGGUCCAAGUGAAAAUGGUUCAGGAACAGCUUCUACUGAUGAUAAUAAUUGGGCAGGUUUCCAGUCUGCUGGAGAAGUUUCCACAAUUGACAGUACCGAUCCAGCAAAAGCUGCUGAGAAGAAUACCCAGUCUGCUACUGGAAUUGAGGAUUUAUUUAAUGAUUCGUCUUCAUUACCAAUCAACAAAGUCCCAGAGAAGCCCCAAAAAGAUGUUAAAAAUGAUAUUAUGAGUCUUUUUGAAAAGUCCAAUAUGUUGUCACCAUUUGCAAUGCAUCAGCAGCAACUAGCUAUGCUAGCACAGCAACAGUCCCUUCUCAUGGCUGCUUCUGCUAAAUCUGCUCCUGGGAAUUCUCAACAGCCUCCGUCCAAUGUCACAAGCAUACCGGCUCAAACUUGGCCAAACGUUGGCUAUCAAAUCCCUGGAAUGAUGAUGCCAGUUGCUGGGCAAGCUGAUCUGCAGAAAUUUUUGCAGACUAUGAAAAUGGGACAGACACCACAAGUGGGAAACUCAGUUGCAUAUCCCUCUUCCAGCUUUUAUGAAACGGGGCAAGUUACCCCAGCAAAUGGUGUUGCGACCACCGGAGCAAGCAAACCGCAAUCAGCUUCGCCGGUUUCAUCAACGAAUUCUUCAGGCAAGGAUUAUGAUUUUUCGUCACUGACGCAUGGGAUGUUUACAAAACACUGAGUUGGGUCAGGGGUUAUGAUUGCUGGCUUUGUCAGACCAUACCAACCUUAGUUAUUUUACAGGAUAUUUAGAGCUUUGGAAGGGUUUUUUCCCCUCUACAGAGGGAUUGUAAACUAUUUGUAGAUGCAGUUUCACUUUCUUUUUUUUUUUUUUUUUGGGUGAUUGCUUCAUUUGUAUGAGUAGAUUUAUGCCGAGCAUUAAUAAAGAUGAGUAUAGUAGGAAUAACUUUUAAGAAUUUGAAGUGAUUAAUUUUAAAAAAAUAUAUA